UGUUAUCAUUUUGGUUGAGCUUCUUCGCUUCCCUUCCAGCGGAGUUGCAUCCUCUCUAUCAUCAUAUCCCCAAUUUCUUCUCACACAGUUUGAUAGGUGUUAUAUUCUAACAGAAAACAUGCGAAACGCUGUUUCUGUGUCGUAUGAGAAAGGCGAGCGUUUGGUCUGUCCGAAGCCUCGGCGGUUCGGCGUUUUCAAUGCUCCUAGUAGUGAUGCUGUUAGGCCUUUGAUAUGGCAUAUGUGUUUUCCGCCUGCUGAACCAUAUGAAUCGAAAGCAGGGCGUCGUGAGCUAUUGGAACUCAUUUUUGAAAAGAGUGGUGAUUAUGGUGCACAAGACAAAUCAUGUACAGAUGUUGCUUCUUCACCCCCAUUUUUCAGCGGGUCACCGCCAAGUAGAGUAUCUAACCCGUUAAUAAAAGACACCCGAUUUAGGAAUGAUAAUGUCUGCCCGAAGAUUUCAAUACCUACAUACGGUAUGUCAUCUGCAUACUCAUCUGAAGAGAAAGUAGGAUCUGUUGAUGGCAAUUUUGGUAGCAAACCAGCUGUUAGGAUUGAGGGGUUCGAUUGCCUUGCUAGGGAUAACCAGCGCAGUUGCAGCAUUCCUUCCAAGGCUUAAAGGAAACCCUUAAAAUGAAACGUAUCAAGUGCAUAUAAAUUUAGCAAAGGUGACGUUUAGGAGUAAGUAGAGUGGAGCAAAAGCAAGCUGAUGAGGAUUUUUGAAAAUUUUGAGAAGAAUUCGGAAAGAGGAAUUUUCGCUUUUUCUGGUGUAAAUACAAGCAUGUAAAUAAAUUGUUGCUAGGCUGAGACGUAUCCGUUCAGGGAUAACAUGUAUACCCUUCUUGUGAUAUUUUGUAAGUAUAAAGAUCAAGAAGGGGAAUUUUCCAAACUUUCUAAGGGAAAGUUGUAUAAAAAUGAAGGUUGAAUGUAGAUUUUGUUCUGGAGACAGACCGGGGUUUGUAUCAUUUGAUAUGUAUAUAACUAUAAAUAUAUGUAAUACAUAUUCUUAUGAUAUCUAUAAUUUCAGGUUGUCAUUGUGUGAA